CAGGACCAUGAACUUGGCCGCAGACCCGGCACCUGGCCUCAGGCAGCUCCUGCUACUCUCUCCAUCCCUGUGCCAGCUGCUGCGAGUCUGGGGGUUGUUGUCUCUGUUCCCGGGCCUGGCCCGGGUCCAAGCGGCCGAACAGCGUCAGGUGUUCCAGGUGAUGGAAGAGCAGCCCCCAGGGCCUCUGGUGGGACCCAUCCCAACGCGCCCCGGCUUCACCUACCAGCUCAACGAAAGCCACGCCCUGUUCGCUAUUAGCAGCAGCACCGGAGCGCUGCACACCACAGCCACCAUCGACCGCGAGAGCCUGCCCAGCGACGUGGUCAACCUGGUGGUCCUUUCCAGCGCGCCCACCUACCCUACUGAGGUGCGGGUGUUGGUGGGUGACCUCAACGACAAUGCCCCAGUUUUCCCGGUCACCUUCAAGGAGGACAGUGGCAGCGGGCGUCGGGUCAUUCUGGACACCGCCACAAACUCUGACAUCGACUCCAACAGCGUGGACCACCGCUCCUACUGCAUCGUCCGCGGCAACGAGGCGGGUCGCUUUCGACUGGACAUUACCUUGAACCCCAGUGGUGAGGGAGCAUUCCUGCACCUGGUCUCCAAGGGCUGGCUGGACCGCCAGGUCACGCCUCAGUACCAGCUCCUGGUGGAGGACAAGGGUGAGCCAAAGCGGCGGUGUUACCUUCAGGUCAAUGUGACUGUACAGGACAUUAACGACAAUCCCCCGGUGUUUGGCAGUUCCCAUUACCAGGCGGGGGUGCCUGAGGACGCGGCUGUGGGCUCGAGUGUCCUGCAGGUGGCGGCGGCAGACGCAGACGAGGGCACCAAUGCGGACAUCCGUUACCGGCUGCCGGACGAGGGAACCCCCUUCCAGAUGGACCCGGAGACGGGGGUCUUCUCCGUGCGAGAGUCGCUAGACUUUCAGGCCCUGCGACAGUAUUCGCUGACAGUGCAGGCCACGGACCAGGGCGUGCCCUCCCUCACCGGGCGCGCGGAAGCGAUCAUCCAACUGCUGGAUGUCAAUGACAAGGACCCUGUAGUGAAGUUUCGCUACUUCCCCGCCACCUCGCGCUAUGCUUCGGUGGAUGAGAACGCGCAGGUGGGUACAGUGGUGGCUCUGCUCACCGUGACCAACGCGGACUCCCCGGCAGCCAAUGGAAACAUCUCAGUGCAGAUUCUCGGGGGCAAUGAGCAACACCACUUUGAGGUACAGAGGAGCAAGGUGCCCAACCUGAGUCUCAUCAAGGUGGCCAGCGCCCUGGACCGCGAGCGAAUUCCUUCCUACAACCUCACAGUCUCCAUCUCGGAUAACUCCGGGGCGCCCCCUACCGCCGAAGUUCAGGCGCGCUCUUCUGUGGCCAGCUUGGUGAUUUUUGUCAAUGACAUCAAUGAUCACCCUCUGGUCUUUGCGCAGCAAGUGUACAGAGUGAACCUGAGCGAGGAGGCGCCUCCGGGGAGCUAUGUGAUUGGGGUGUCUGCCACCAACGGUGCCUCUGAUCUCAAUGCUAACCUGCGCUACAGCAUCGUCUCUGGAAAUGGGUUGGGCUGGUUCCACAUUAGUGAGCACAGUGGUCUAGUGACCACCAGUGCUGCAGAGGGCCUUGACUGUGAACUCGCCUCCCAGAUUGUACUGAAUAUCAGUGCCCGAGACCAGGGGGUCCACCCCAAGGUGCCCUAUGCCCAGCUUGUGGUAACUGUCUUGGAUGUCAAUGAUGAAAAGCCCGUGUUUAGCCAGCCUGAAGGCUAUGAGGUGUCUGUAGUUGAGAACGCUCCAGCUGGGACUGAGCUGUUGAUUCUAGGGGCAACCAAUGGGGAUCUGAGUGACAACGGGACAGUGCGCUUCUCCCUGCAAGAGGCUGAGAGUGACCGAAGGCUCUUCCGCCUGGAUCCUGUAUCUGGGAGGCUGAGUACUAUCUCCUCCCUAGACAGAGAGGAACAAGCUUUCUACUGUCUAUUGGUUCUAGCGACAGACUUGGGCUCCCCUCCCCAGUCAUCCACAGCUCAGGUGAAUGUCAGUCUUCUGGACAUCAAUGACAACAGUCCUGUGUUCUACUCAGUCCAAUACUUUGCUCAUAUUCAGGAGAAUGAGCCUGGAGGUAGCUAUGUCCCCACAGAGUCUGCUACUGACCCAGACAUGGGUCCCAGUGGAACUGUUCAGUAUAGUAUAUCAGCUGGGGACAGGUCGAGGUUUCAGAUUAAUGCUAAGAGCGGGGUUAUUUCUACAAGAAUGGCCCUAGACAGAGAAGAGAAAACAGCCUACCAGCUGCAAAUAGUGGCCACUGAUGGGGGCAAUUUACAGUCUCCUAACCAGGCCAUAGUAACAGUCACAGUGUUAGAAACACAGGACAACCCACCUGUAUUCAGCCAGGCUGCUUACAGCUUUGUGGUCUUUGAGAAUGUGGCUCUAGGUUACCACGUUGGCAGUGUUUCUGCCACCACCAUGGACCUCAAUGCUAACAUUAGCUAUCUCAUCACUACUGGGGACCAGAGAGGUAUGUUUGUUAUGAAUCCUGUCACAGGGCAGCUGACCACAGCAAGUGUGAUUGAUAGGGAAGAGCAGUCUUUUUAUCAGCUGAGAGUCAUGGCCAGUGGGGGAGCAGUAAUAGGAGACACUGUGGUUAACAUCACAGUGAAAGACUUGAAUAAUAACGCUCCCCACUUCCUCCAGGCAGUAGAAAGUAUAAACGCAGUGGAGAACUGGCAGGCAGGGCAUAGCAUCUUCCAGGCCAAAACCGUGGACCCUGAUGAGGGUGUCAAUGGCAGGGUGCUCUACAUCCUGAAGCAGAACCCCAAGAACCUGUUUGCUAUCAAUGAGCAGAAUGGUAACAUCAGUCUGCUGGCUCCACUGGAUGUCCACGCUGGCUCAUACCAGGUAGAAAUCUUGGCCUCUGAUAUGGGUGUCCCCCAGCUCUCCUCCAGCAUCAUUUUGACAGUUUAUGUCCAUGACGUAAAUGACAACCCUCCAGUGUUUGACCAGAUUUCCUAUGAGGUCACACUUUCUGAGUCGGAGCCUGUGAAUUCUCGAUUCUUUAAAGUGCAAGCUUCCGAUAAAGAUUCUGGGGCACAUGGGGAAAUAGUGUACACUAUCACAGAUGGGAACACUGGGGAUGCCUUUGGCAUAUUCCCAGAUGGCCAGUUGUACAUCAAAAGUGAAUUGGACCGUGAACUUCAGGAGAGGUAUGUGUUAUUGGUUGUUGCCUCUGACUGGGCAGUGGAGCCCCUAAGUGCUACUGUGAAUGUCACCGUAAUUUUAGAAGAUGUGAAUGACAAUAGGCCUUUGUUUAAUAGUACCAAUUACACAUUCUACUUUGAAGAGGAGCAGAGGGCCGGGUCAUUUGUAGGCAAGGUCAGUGCGGUGGACAAAGACUUCGGGCCUAAUGGGGAAGUAAGGUAUGCUUUUGAGGUGGCACAGCCUGAUUUUGAGUUGCAUGCUGUCACUGGGGAAAUCACCAACACUCACAAGUUUGACAGGGAGUCACUCAUGAGGAGACGGGGGACAGCAGUCUUCAGCUUCACAGUGAUAGCCACAGAUCAGGGCCUUCUGCAUGUCUACAUGAAGGACAUCAAUGACAAUGCCCCCAAGUUUCUAAAAGACUUUUACCAAGCUACAGUGUCAGAGACGGCGACCAAUCUGACCCAGGUCUUACAGGUGUCUGCCUCCGAUGUGGAUGAAGGAAAUAACGCCCUCAUUCACUACUCUAUCUUCAAAGGAAACGAAGAAAGACAGUUCACCAUAGACAAGUUCUCUGGUCAGGUGACUCUUAUAGGUAAGUUAGACUAUGAGGCGACCCCGGCCUAUUCCCUCCUCAUCCAGGCAGUGGAUUCAGGGGCCAUCUCCCUCAACUCAACCUGUACUCUAAGUAUUGACAUUUUGGAUGAAAAUGACAACACGCCCUCAUUCCUGAAGUCAACACUAUUUGUGGAUGUCUUGGAAAACAUGAGGACUGGUGAACUGGUGUCCUCUGUUACUGCCACUGAUUCUGACUCUGGUGUCAAUGCAGACUUACACUACAGCAUCACAGGAUCAAACAACCAUGGGACUUUUAGUAUUAGUCCAAACACUGGGAGUAUCUUUCUUGCCAAGAAGUUGGACUUUGAACAGUCUUUAUAUAAAUUAAACGUCACAGCAAAAGACCAAGGGCGACCUCCUAGGUCAUCCACAAUGUCAGUGGUGAUUCAUGUGAGGGACUUCAAUGACAACCCCCCAAGCUUUCCUCCGGGAGACAUUUUUAAGUCUAUAGUGGAGAACAUCCCUCUUGGUACAUCUGUCAUUUCUGUGACAGCGCAUGACCCAGAUGCGAAUAUCAAUGGGCAGCUGUCUUACGCCAUCAUCCAACAGAUGCCCCGAGGCAACCACUUCAGCAUAAAUGAAGUCAAAGAAACCAUCUACACCAGUGCUGAGAUCGACCGGGAAUUUGCCAAUCUCUUUGAGUUAACAGUGAAAGCCAAUGAUCAAGCUGUGCCGAUAGAAACUAGGAGGUAUGCCUUGAAAAAUGUGACCAUUUUGGUAACAGUCAAUGACAAUGUCCCAAUGUUUAUAUCACAAAACGCCCUGGUUGCAGAUCCUUCAGCCAUGAUUGGUUCUGUCUUGACUACCAUAAUGGCUGCAGAACCCGAUGAAGGUGCCAAUGGAGAGGUGGAGUAUGAAAUAGUCAAUGGAGACACAGAAACCUUCACUGUGGAUCGCUACAGUGGAGACCUUCGUGUGGCUUCUGCAUUAGUGCCUUCACAGCUCAUCUAUAACCUCAGAGUAUCAGCCACAGACCUGGGCCCAGAGAGGAGGAAGUCAACCACGGAGUUGACCGUCAUCCUCCAGAGCCUUGAUGGGCCUAUUUUCACACAGAACAAAUACAUAACCAUCUUGAAGGAAGGGGAGCCCAUUGGUACCAAUGUUAUAUCCAUAGAAGCAGCUAGCCCCAGGGGGUCAGAAGCUCCAGUGGAAUAUUACAUCGUUUCCAUUCACUGUGAAGAAAAGACUGUUGGACGUCUCUUUACCAUUGGACGGCAGACUGGGGUCAUUCAAUCUGCAGCCAUUUUGGACCGGGAGCAGGGAGCAUGUCUCUAUCUGGUGGAUGUUUAUGCCAUAGAGAAGUCAUCUGCCUUUCCCAGGACACAGACAGCAGAGGUAGAAAUAACACUUCAAGAUAUCAACAACAACCCACCGGUGUUUCCAACAGACACUCUGGACCUCACUGUGGAAGAGAACAUUGGAGAUGGGUCUAAGAUUAUGCAGCUGACUGCUGUGGAUGCUGAUGAGGGUGCAAAUGCUCUGGUCACAUAUGCCCUCAUUAGUGGAGCUGAUGACAGCUUCCGAAUUGACCCCGAAUCUGGAGAUCUCAUAGCCACCAAGAGGCUGGACAGAGAGCACAGGUCCAAGUAUUCAUUGCUGGUUCGAGCAGAUGACGGCCUUCAGUCCUCUGACAUGAGGAUAAACAUCACCAUCAGCGAUGUGAAUGACCACACCCCCAAGUUCUCCAGGCCUGUGUAUUCUUUUGACAUCCCAGAAGAUACAACCCCAGGUUCUCUGGUAGCAGCUCUUUUAGCCACAGAUGACGACUCAGGUGUGAAUGGAGAAAUCACAUAUGUUGUGGAUGAAGACGAUGGGGAUGGUGUGUUUUUCCUGAACCCAGUUACCAGUGUCUUCAACUUGACUCGAGCCCUGGAUUAUGAAACGCAGCAAUAUUACAUACUUACGGUCCAUGCUGAGGAUGGUGGGGGACAGUUCAGCACCAUCCGAGCCUACUUCAACAUCCUUGAUGUCAAUGACAAUCCACCUGUCUUCAGCAUGAGCUCCUAUAGCACAUCCUUAAUGGAAAAUCUGCCUCUCGGAUCCACUGUCCUUGUGUUUAACGUCACUGACACAGAUGAUGGUGUCAACUCUGAGCUGUCCUACAGCAUUGCUUCAGGUGAAAACCUUGGGCAGUUUGCAGUGGAUAAGCACGGGGUCCUCAAAACCCUCAAGACUUUGGACCGUGAAAGCCAGUCUUUCUACAACCUGGUCAUUCAGGUCCAUGACUCCCCCCAGCCUCCUGCCUCCAGGUUCACAAGCACAGCCCAAGUCUCCAUCAUCUUGUUAGAUGUCAAUGAUAAUCCACCCACGUUUCUUUCCCCCAAGUUGACGUAUGUUCCAGAAAACACACCUAUUGAUACUGUUGUCUUCAAGGCUCAAGCGACAGACCCAGACAGUGGCCCCAACAGCUACAUUGAGUACACUCUACUGAACCCUUUGGCAAACAAGUUCAGCAUUGGGACCAUCGAUGGUGAGGUGCAUCUCAAUGGAGAGCUGGACAGAGAGGAAGUUUCCAAUUACAGCCUGACAGUGGUGGCCACAGACAAAGGACAACCACCCCUGUCCUCCUCUACAGAGGUUGUGGUUAUGGUCCUGGACAUCAAUGAUAACAACCCAGUUUUUGCUCAAGCUGUGUACAGAGUGCAGAUUAAGGAGAACACCCUCACUGGCACAGAUAUAAUCCAAGUGUCAGCAACAGACAGUGACGAAGGCACCAAUGGGCAGGUUCACUAUGGCAUCCUGGCUGGAAACACACAGCAGGAGUUCAGGAUGGACUCCGAUGGCACCAUCAUAGUGGCUAAGUCUUUGGAUUGGGAGACAACCCCUGCUUACACUCUAACUGUUCAGGCUUCGGAUCGGGGCAGUAGCCCCAGAACGGAUGUUUGCACUGUCACCAUCACUUUACUUGACAUGAAUGAUUUUGUCCCUGUAUUUGAGCUGUCUCCGUAUUCCGUGAAUGUCCCUGAAAAUUUAGGGACCCUGCCCAGAACCAUUCUUCAGGUGGUGGCAAGAGAUGAUGAUCGGCCGAAUAGCCAGCUCUCCUAUGUUCUGCUUGGUGGAAACGAAGACAAUGCUUUUGCCCUCAUGGCCAGUGGGGAGCUUCGGGUGACCCAGAGUCUGGACCGAGAAGCAAGGGAUUACUUCGUCCUGGUUGUCACAGCUGCUGAUGCAGGUGCGUCCUGACUAGUUUGCUCAAUUGUGAGUCAGAUCCUCAGGAGCAUGAAUGUAAUUUGUAACUGGAUCACGUUUAUUGAAAUUUGCUAAUGCUUGGAAUAGUUCCUAAAUACAUUGAGUAUAGCUAGUGAGAUUUCAGUGUAAAAUGGCAAGAGAUUUCCCAUAUCACCACUGAGGGGCAG